GAGAUAGAAUAGAAGAACCCGGCAUACGCAGUACGAGGGAAUAAAUAACAUAGUGGAGCAGGUGCGCGAUUAAACGAUCCCGAAAAACAGGAGCAUUCGAGCACUCGCCGCACGCGAGGAAGCUAUCAAACGCGAACGCGCGAAUUCGCGUUCGCUUAUUAUGGAUUCGUAAGAAAAUUAUCGAGUUCAAACCGCCAGAUCUCUUUGAAUUCUCCUCCUGCCGAUUUUUCUUUCCUCUCCGGCAAUAUGGACGAGAACUUGAGCCGGGGAUAUGUUCAACUGGGCAAGGCCAGGGGCAUGAACGAGUUCAAAUUUUCGAAUGGAUUCACGCAUCUCUCGCCGCCUGUUGAUAAAUGCAACUUUAUUUACAUGGCUCUGAUUCUUGGCGGCAUAGGAUUUCUUCUACCUUAUAACAGUUUCAUUAUCGCGGUGGAUUAUUUUCAAGCGAGAUAUCCAGGAACUACCGUGAUAUUCGACAUGUCUGUCGUUUACAUUAUUAUGGCUUUCUUUGCAGUUUUUGCAAAUAAUAUAUUGGUCGAAACCUUAUCGCUGAAUACACGAAUUACGUUUGGGUAUCUGGUAUCCUUUGUUACUUUAAACUUUGUGGUGAUCUGCGAGAUUUGGUGGGAACUUUUCGGUGUUGCAACUUCCUACACUAUUAAUUUAGUUGCCGUUGCGAUAGUAUCGCUUGGUUGUACAGUUCAGCAAUCGAGUUUUUAUGGAUACACAUCAAUGCUUCCUAGUCGAUAUACGCAAGCUGUGAUGACGGGAGAAAGUGUUGCUGGCUUUUGGGUAUCAAUUAAUCGAAUAAUAACAAAGUCGCUACUUAAUGAUGAGCGUGGCAAUACAUCCAUGUUCUUCGUUCUGUCGAAUAUGACGAUUCUGUUGUGUUUUGUUUUACAUCAAAUUGUACGGAAGACCGAUUUCGUACAAUUUUACAUAACAUUAUGCCAGGAAAGAAAUCGAAUCACUUUAGAACCAACGGAAGAUGUCGGUCUGAUGGAUCCGUUAGAUCAAGUUGGCGAUCCUUCGAAAGGCCAAUAUGGAGUAUUAAAGAUCCAAACGAGUCCAUUGGGAACAGAAUCCACGAGUGAAACUGAUUUGAAUGCAUCUCGACAAUAUUCUGCAUUCUCGUUUAGCAAUCCAGUUUACGAGCCUAGCGCACCUUCAGGUAAUCCACCUGGUAGCGCUGGACCGACUUAUAAGGUCGAAGAUGUUGUAGUUAUGAGAGGCGCUUAUGGAACACAAAGCACAAGUACACCAUGGUCCGGCAUAAAAAGAGGUCUACUCGCAAGACUCGAAGUUGCCAAAUUGAUCUUCCCAUACAUGGCCAGCAUUGGUGUCGCAUAUUUCGUAACGCUUUGCUUGUAUCCAGGAAUUGUGUCGGAAAUAAUAUCUUGCAAGUUUGAGUCAUGGAUGCCGGUUAUUCUGAUGACCGCAUUCAACGCUUCUGAUUUAUUGGGCAAGGUAUUCGCUUUAAUACCUUACGAAUGGAAACGUACUCAACUACUGUAUUUCUCUAGUGCGCGAGUAAUACUUAUUCCCCUAUUUCUGCUUUGCGCAAUUCCACGUGGUGCUCCUAUUCUUUCCGGCGAGGGAUACCCGCUCUUGUUUUCUUGGUUGCUCGGCCUUACAAAUGGUAUAGUCGGUUCGAUACCUAUGAUUCAGGCACCGAGCAAAGUACCAGAGGAACAUCGAGAACUUGCAGGUAACAUUAUGACAUUAUCGUAUAUCACCGGAUUGACUCUCGGUUCUCUAUUGGCAUAUAUGAUGGAUGCCUGUCUCGGGCCACCUGUGCAAGUCAAAGACGUGUGUUUUAAGUUGCCGAAAACUCAAACUUCAUCAACCAUGUUCAGUAACGUGACGGCGAGCAUCUUGACGACCGCAAUAUCCUCCACUUUGCCCGUCGAGAGAACGACAAUAGUGCCGAAGCCGAAGACUACCGUCAAUGUACUAACUACGAUUUUGAUGUCUACGUUAUUAUCAAAUAGCACUGUAAGCUUAUUAAACGAUGAAGGCUCGCUGAAUGCGUCAACAACAAUUUUACCGAAGAUCUUAGCUAAUGUUACUACUUCGGCAAAUAACGCAAUUCUGCAACAUUAUUAGGACGCAUAUGUUUGUGUGUUGUGUUAAAUCUGGUGCUUACACAUAAAUAUAUGAGAAAUGGACAGAUAGAUAAAGAGAGAGAGAGAGAGAGAGAGAGAGAGAGAGAGAAAGAGAGAGGAGGGAAACAAAAAAGAGAAAAAAAUAAAAAGUAUGUGUGAAUGUAUGCGUGCGCGGAAAAAGUGAUAUACGCAUUAAGAAGUUGCUACAAGGUUCAAGUAUUUAGAUUGGCUAAACUUUUGAAUUAAUAUAAUAAUAAUUAUUGAAAAAUAUGUUUUUUUCUUGUAUUGCCAACUAUAAGACACAAUAUUUAUUUACUUAUAAAUAAAUAUAUUAUAAAUAUUUAUUUAUCAUUCAAAUUAUAUAUCAUCGCAGAACUUAUUUUUUGCUUAAUUAAGUUAUAUAUGUAAAAAAACAUCAUUUUUAAAGAGAUUAGCAAAAUAAAAAGAAAUAGUAUACAUAAUUCUACUGCAAAUGGCUAUAAUAAAAUAUGGUUCAAACAAUAUGUAACGUUAUUAAAACAUGAGAUGUUUAGCAACUAUUUAUAAAUGUUUUUGAUCAUUUAAAAAAUUGUAUAAAUAAGAUAGAAUUUUUCUUGAAAAUAAAGGUCAAAGAAAACAGUGCAAAAAAAAUUAAAUCUUUUAAAAGAUUCUUUAUAUAUUAUAUAUAUAUA